GAGAGAGAGAGAGAGAGAGAGAGAGAAGAGAGAGAGAGAGAGAGAGAGAUGAGAGAGGGAGAGAGAGGAGAGAGAGAGAGAGAGAGAGAGAGAGAGGAAGAGAGAGAGAGAGAAGAGUGAGAGAAGAGAGAGAGAGAGAGAGAGUGAGGAGAGAGAGACAGAGAGAGAGAGAGGAGAGAGAGAGAGAGAGAGAGAGAGAGAGAGAGAGAGAGAGAGAGAGAGAGAGAGAGAGAGAGAGAACAACAUCGUCGGCGGAAAAUGGAUCUUCCGAGUCAAACAACUCCCAGGCGAAGCUCCACUCAUUCUAGAGUAAUAACCUCCUUUGUUAUCU